AUGUGGUUAGACUUACGAGAAAAUCGGUUGAAUGAAAUACCAAAAUCUAUUAAAAAUCAUCAAAGCCUAACUCAUUUACUAUUGCAAAAUAAUAAUUUAUCGUCGUUGCCCAAUGAGUUAGGCACGGUGCCAAGUCUGAAGGUGCUUCAAAUAAAUGGAAAUCCUCUAACAUAUCCGCCAAGGGACGUAGUUAACGCUGGAAUAGAAAAAAUAUUAUCAUUUCUACAUGACAAAUUUAUCGAAGAAUUAUUUUUACAAUCUUCAUCAGCAUCUAAAGAUCGUAAUGAGUCAAGUCGAAAUUCAAAUAUUUUAUUAGCAAACGAACUUCAAAGUUAUAAUUCACUUUUAGAUGAAAAGUUUAAGACUUCCAAGAACCUUUCAGUUCAAUUAAGCGAAGAAGAUUUCAAUGAUUCAGAUGAUGAAUUUUAUGCAAAAAUCAAAGGUAAAUGUCCAAAAUUGGAAGCAAGUAGAAAAAAGACUCUGCCGUCGUAUAGUCAAAGCUCGAAAUAUCUUAAACCGAUUUAUGUAUGCAGUAAAGAUAAACUAGAUGAAAAAAUCAAGCAACGCUUUUUGAAAGACAUGGCUAUAAAAAAACGGAAAGAUUUGCUCGCUAGUAGAGAGAAAAUAUUACAGGACAAAAAAAAUUUGGAGUUAUUAAAGAAUUGGCGAAGUAAUUACAGAUCCAUCCAAAUGUCAAUGCCGCGUGUAAAAUUCAGUCAUGAAUAUAGCACCAAAGAUUAUCCUUACGAUACGAGUCCAGAAUACAUGACCCUUCUAACGAGGGAGGAUAUAGAGAAAGAUUUACCGGACAAAUACAAAAAACGUUUGUGGAGACGAUCUAAACCAACUAUUCCAAGAAAGAAUAACGGAGACGUCCAUUUGGCCAUGAAAAUAAAGCAGUUGUUUGAAAAUUUGGAAGCCAUAGAUCUGAAUAGAGAGGAAAUGACGCCGAGAACUGAGCAGAAGAUUCUCUUGAAUGAGAUACAUAAGGCGAUAUAUCUCCAAAAUAACGGCAUUCAAAAACUACCAGAUGAUUUCUUUGACUCUUACCCUUGUCUUAUGUGGUUAGACUUAAGAGAAAAUCGAUUGAAUGAAAUACCAAAAUCUAUUAAAAAUCAUCAAAGUCUAACUCAUUUACUAUUGCAAAAUAAUAAUCUAUCUUCGUUGCCCAAUGAGUUGGGCACGGUGCUAAGUCUGAAGGUGCUGCAAAUAAAUGGAAAUCCUCUAACAUAUCCGCCAAGGGACGUAGUUAACGCUGGAAUAGAAAAAAUAUUAUCAUUUCUACAUGACAAAUUUAUCGAAGAAUUAUUUUUACAAUCUUCAUCAGCAUCUGAAGAUCGUAAUGAGUCAAGUCGAAAUUCAAAUAUUUUAUUAGCAAACGAACUUCAAAGUUAUAAUUCACUUUUAGAUGAAAAGUUUAAGACUUCCAAGAACCUUUCAGUUCAAUUAAGCGAAAAAGAUUUCAAUGAUUCAGAUGAUGAAUUUUAUGCAAAAAUCAAAGGAAAAUGUCCAAAAUUGGAAGCAAGUAGAAAAAAGACUCUGCCGUUGUAUAGUCAAAGCUCGAAAUAUCUUAAACCGAUUUAUGUAUGCAGUAAAGAUAAGCUAGAUGAAAAAAUCAAGCAGCGCUUUUUGAAAGACAUGGCUAUAAAAAAACGAAAAGAUUUGCUCGCUAGUAGAGAGAAAAUAUUACAGGACAAAAAAAAUUUGGAGUUAUUAAAGAAUUGGCGAAGUAAUUACAGAUCCAUCCAAAUGUCAAUGCCGCGUGUAAAAUUCAGUCAUGAAUAUAGCACCAAAGAUUAUCCUUACGAUACGAGUCCAGAAUACAUGACCCUUCUAACGAGGGAGGAUAUAGAGAAAGAUUUACCGGACAAAUACAAAAAACGUUUGUGGAGACGAUCUAAACCAACUAUUCCAAGAAAGAAUAACGGAGACGUCCAUUUGGCCAUGAAAAUAAAGCAGUUGUUUGAAAAUUUGGAAGCCAUAGAUCUGAAUAGAGAGGAAAUGACGCCGAGAACUGAGCAGAAGAUUCUCUUGAAUGAGAUACAUAAGAUAUCAGAAAUAAAACAAAAACUUAUGGAGCUGUCCGCAACGAAUUCAAGAUCGAUUGCCGCGGAGUAA